GCCUGUUUCCUCAUUUCUCAGGGAGGCUUGUUCGUGUUCUCUCCCUGUCUGUCUGUCUGUCUGUCUGUCUCUGAGGACAGUCAAAAUGUUUGUCUUUUCAUUGUUUUCGGCAUCCACCUGGACUCUGUUGGCUCUCUUUUUCGCCCUGCUAUUACUGUAUGGCAUUUGGCCAUAUAGGUUUUUUACAAAACUGGGAAUACCUGGACCAACACCUCUGCCUUUCGCUGGAACAUUUCUUUACUUCAAGAAUGGAAUGAUUUCUUUUGACCGGGAGUGCCAACUCAAGUACGGAGAUGUCUGGGGGUUGUUUGAUGGACGAACCCCAAAUUUAGUGGUGGCGGACCCCGAGAUGGUCAAAACGGUGAUGGUGAAGGAGUGCUACUCUGCGUUUACCAACCGCAGGGAUAACAUGAUUUCAGGACCUAUGGACGAUGCAAUCACUGUGGUUAAAGAUGAAAGAUGGAAAAGAAUUCGGAGCACUUUAUCACCAUGCUUCACCAGUGGAAGGCUGAAACAGGUGUUUCCCGUCAUUGCUCGCUAUGCAGACCGACUUAUUGAAAAACUUGGACAGACAAAUUUGAGUGAACCCGUCGAUGUCAAACAAUUUGUGGGACCUUACAGUUUGGAUGUUGUGACCAGUGCCUCUUUCAGUAUUCAGGCAGACUCCAUAAACAAUCCUGACGACCCGAUUGUUGUACAUAUGAAGAAGGUUCUUAACUUCAGUCUUGGGUUCAUAAUUUUCAUACUGAUUUUUCCCUUUGGUGACCGUCUGAUGAAACUCCUGAAAAUUGACUUCAUGCCCAGAGACAGUAUUGAUUUUUUCUACAACAUCAUCAAGAAAUUUAAAGACCAGCACCAUGCAGAUGAAUCUAUUCGUGGAGACUUCCUGCAGGUGAUGCUUCAGAAUGAGAUACCGGAAUCGGAGAUAAAGAGUGAACAAGAUCAGCCAAGUAAAGGUUUGACUGAGCACGAGAUUCUUUCCCAGGCCUUCAUUUUCAUCUUUGGCGGCUUUGAUACCACCAGUACCACUCUCACUUUCGCCCUUUACAAUCUGGCCAUCAACCCUGAGGCGCUGCAGACCUUGCAUGAAGAAAUCGAUGCCAAACUCCCAAGAGAUGCUCCCAUCACAUACGAGGCUCUGAUGGGUCUAGAGUACCUGGACCAGGUUCUUAAUGAGUCUCAGCGUGUGUUGCCCACUGCCCCUCGGCUUGAGAGGAAGUGCAAAAAAACUAUCCAGAUCCACGGCCUCACCAUCCCUGAAGGAACCAUGAUUAAUAUUCCUGUGCAUUUGUUGCACAAGGACCCGCGCUACUGGAGCUCACCCGAGCUUUUCAAACCAGAGAGGUUCAGCAAAGUCAGUGGCGAGGAUGUGAACCCGUACGCCUACAUGCCGUUUGGGCUCGGCCCUCGUAACUGCAUCGGGAUGCGUUACGCCAUCCUCACCAUGAAGAUGGUCCUCGUCCGUCUCCUGCAGAAUUACACUGUGGAAACAUGCAAAGACACCAUGAUUCCGCUGAAGUUAGACUGGAAGUCUCAGCCACUCAAGCCCAUAAAACUCAACUUUGUUCCCAGAAAACAACAGUAGUCCAAGAGAGGCAUCGACAAAUAUACCCUGAGUCUGUAUCAAUCUUAUCAAGCACAAUAUUUGACAGUUGUUAUAACACGUGCUAUCUCCACACUGGAUAACAUUUAAAGUUUGUACUGCAACUGUUUACUUCGAAAUUAUCUUACCUUAUCUGUUUACUCUGGCAAUGUUGAUAAAAUUGAGUUUGUUUUAUUCACUUCUCAGCAGUUUUAUUAAUCAAAUGUGUCAUCCUUACUUUGAUGUUUGCAAAGCAUGAAUCCAUAUAACGCUUCUUAUAUUUCAGUGGCACAGCACAAAUCUUUACUUGAUUGUUUAAAGUUUCUCUUUUUUUAUGCUGUUUUUAUUUUAAGUUUCUUGCACCAUGACAGUGUGAAAGAAAAGGCCAGAACAUGAAAGAUUUUGAUGUCAAAACCUUGUUAUUUGACUGUAUGAGCGUCAUAUUCAACCAAAAUUACAACCAGGUCAGAAGCUGCUGCUCAGUGACAUACAAAUACAAAGGUGGUACCAUUUUGUCACGCUGCUCUCGGUAAGAAAAUGUUCUGUAUUCUGGAGGAUAUUAACUUGGACAUGAACAUUACUUAUUGAGAUAAAGAAAAUUGCCUUUUUUUAAAAUAAUAAAAUAAAAUGAUGCUGCUUAGUGUACAAAUGAAGCGUUAUCUAAAUAAACAUGUGAUCAGUAAUGACCAUUGCAGCCAGGUUCAAAAUUCUUCCUCAUGAGGCCGUGCAGCCGCUUCCAGAAGCACGUUGACAUACUGGUCAACUGUUGUUCCUGGUUUUUUAUUUUCACAACCUCAUUUUGACAUCUUGACCUUUACCACACUUCAGCUUGUAAAUCACUUUUGUCUGAUUAAGCUCUUUAUUUGAUUUUGUAACUUCCUCUUUGAUAACUUCCAUUAUAACUUCAUUGUAAUCAUGACAAUUAUUAAACAUCUGAUUAUUAAUAAAAUAUGCUAACAGCAGAGCUCUCACAUAUUUCUUAACCACUUCUUACGAGCAAGGUAUGGUGUCCUUUCACUUGCUGAUGGUAUGAGGCCAGUGUGUAGAGACCUCAGCUAUUUUAACAACAUAUUAGAUUCUUUUACUGUGGGAAUCUUUGGAUGUCUCUAUUAAUCACUCCAUAAAUCUGAAAAUCCUGUCAGACAUUUAAAAGAUAGAUUUUUUCACCAUUUUUAUAAAUGAAAUGUUAAAAAUUGAGACUUUGAGUGAUACAUGAACAUAUCCCUCUGUAAAACCCCUUGAAACUUAAUAAAUCUUUUUUUUGUGUA